UUAAACAGAUCCAGUGGAAAAAUGGCAAAUCUUUUAGGACUUGUUGCCUUCCUGUCCUAUAUAGCAGGUGUGACAGCUGAAACCUGUGCUGCUGGAUACUACACUUAUUACUACUACUCCUACUACUACUAUAAUUACUACAUAGAGUGUUCGGAAGGCUGCUGUGGCUAUUACUAUGACCGGGAAUGUUGUGAAUCGUCGGCCGGGACUAUCGCUGGAGCUGUUAUCGGAGCAGUCAUCUUCAUCGUCUUUGUCGUCGUCAUCAUCAUUAUCAUUAAGAAAUGCAGUGCGCAAAAGACUGGUGUGAUCGUGGCAUCACAAGGUCAAACUGGGGCCAACAUCAACGUAGUUAACACCCAUCACAUGCAGCAGCAGCAGCCGUACUAUCCCCAGCCUGUUCCCCAACAACCUGUAUAUUACGGCGCGCACCCUGGAGGACCACCAGCUUACCCACCUCCACCCCCACCACACAUGCCUGGUCAGCCAGUUGUUUACUAACAUUCCUCCAACUGAAAUGGGAUUUGAUACAAUGACACUACAAUACUGUAUAGACGUUGUUACCUGUACAUUGAUUUUGAUGUUUUGGGCCAUUGUGUGAUGAUAUGGAUCGUUAACAUGCUAUGUUUUUUUUUAAAAAUCCUUUGUAGAUAUCGUCAGUGUAGGACAUAGACAUAUUUCAGAGUCGAAGAAUCCUACAGGUGUACACAUUUUACACUCCCUGUAUAUCUGUUUUCUAACUAGCCUCGUGUAUAUAAUAUCAUUGCUGUGUUUAUUCUAUGACAGCCGAAACUCAUCAUUUUUCAUUAUAUCACUUGUAAUGAAAGGGGAACGUUUAAACCGUAUAAACUAACUAUUUUAGGCAUUGGGAAACUCAAUAUCUUAUUACGUAAUGUCGGAUUGGUUGGAAUGCAUACCCAUAAUUCAUUUAGAAUGUGUCAAAAUAUGACAAAUGAAUUUAUGGUCACAACUUUGAGUACAGCCAAAUACAUGUUGUAGCACAAUGUGUGAUGUGAUUGGUGGUAAUUCUAGCACUAGCCAAUAUUCACUUGGUACCUAAUAUAAGCAUACACAAGUAUUAUAAUAAAGAUGAACUUUAAUAUACGCCUUCUUCAUACCAAAUUGUGAACAUUUGUUUAGAAAAUUAUUCAUUAGUCAUCAUUUUUUUUACAGCUCGCACUUUUUAGCAUGCUUUAUCUCGUGAUUGACUUAUCCUUAGUGAAUUUGUCUAUUCGAUAAUUUGCGUUUGUACAAUCAAGUAUAACGACGUCAAUUAAUGAUAUCAUGAAUUCCUCUAAUGAACUAUGACGUCACACUGAAAAAACCUUGCUAAAGGUGACUACA